UUUCCCAACCCAAUCUAAAGUCUUCCCCUUUUAUUUUAAAAAAAGAAAUCAAACUAUUCUCCACUCCGUUUUCAAGAAAUCCUGAAAACUAGAUAGAGAAAAACACAGUAAUACAACAAAACCAAACCAAAAACUAUGAACCAACAACAAACUGAAGAACAUCAAUCAGUACAAAUCUCUCAGUUGUACAAUGGAUUAUACAUCCAAAUGCUACCCCAACAAGGUAAUCUGGGUGAGUCUAAACCGAGACGACGUCGUAAGAAGAACAGAGGAUCGGAAACAGAGGCGUCAUCGGGUGGGAAAAAGAGGAAGCUGACGGCGGCGCAAGUUCAUCUCUUGGAGUCGAAUUUUGGUAGUGAACAUAAACUGGAAUCGGAAAGAAAGGACCGGUUAGCGUCGGAGUUGGGAUUGGAUCCCCGGCAGGUGGCUGUGUGGUUUCAGAACCGCCGUGCACGGUGGAAGAAUAAGAAACUUGAGGAGGAGUAUUCUAAUUUGAAGAAGCUUCAUGAAUCCGUCGUCGUUGAAAAAUGCCGUCUUGAAACAGAGCUAUUGAAGCUAAAAGAGCAACUGAUAGAAGUAGAGAAAGAGAAAGAGAGGGUAAUAAUGGGAGAACGGGCUGAUGGGCCUUUGAGUAGUAGCAGCCCAAGCCCAUCAAUGUCAAUGGAAGCUAUGGAGAUGGACCCAAUAUCCCUUGGGGAAAUUUCACCAUUAUAUGAAGAAGAUGUGUUUUAUUACAUGCCUGAAAAUUAUUGUAUUUAUGGCAUGGAAUGGCCUAAUCCCUACCUUUGAUCUUCCUAAUCAAUUCUUCCCUCCUCCUUUUUAUGUAUUUUGUAUAAAAAAAAAUGUUUUAUUA